AUGGCUGAGCAAGCUCAACCGAUAUCAAGUGUUGAUGAUACUUGCGCCAACAGCCAAGCAAAGGAGCAAAAUCAAAUGCAUUCCGAUCAAGAACAACAUGACCAUUAUUCGUAUACCAAAAGAGAAGAGUUCACAUCGGAAAUUUUUAAAAUUGAGAUCUAUAAUUUGCCAUUCUAUUUAGGUUUCGUGGAAUUGAAAAAACUUCUCAAAAAGUUGGAUCUACAACCUAUUAAAGUAAAACUAAUACCUCGAGCUACAUUUGCAUUCGUCACGUUCGGCUCGGAAGCUGAGAGACAGAAAGCAUUGAAGGCUAUUGAUGGAUACAACUGGAAAAAGAAAGUACUACAAGCAAAGCUUGCGAAACCUGUAGUGGAUCCAAUCGCAAAGAAGCGCAACGCUGCUGGCAAUGAUGGGACUACUGGUGAUGUGGAUAGCGAACAGAAUAAGAAAAGAGCCAAGACUUUAAAUAUACUAGAUGUUGUAAUACCCUUGUGGGAUAAAUCGUAUGACCAACAAUUAAAGAUAAAAAAAAAUAAUUUAGAUCGUAUCCUCAGAAAAUGUACUAGCAAGUUGGAGGCUAUAAAAGUACCUGAAAUAAACAAUUAUCGUAACAAGUGCGAAUUUGCGAUCGGGCAAGACUCUAAAGAUGAAGUAGUAAUUUCCGUUCGAGCAGGUAUCGCUGUUGGCUUCCGAUUGGGAAGUUAUAGAGAGGGCAAUCUAUCUGUAGUUCCCCCUACAGACUGUGCAAAUGUGCCAGAGGAAGCAAAAGCAAUCGCAAAGGCAAUGCAGAGCCUUAUUCAGCAGUCAUCUCUGCCAGUAUAUAGCUUCGUCGAUCAUACUGGUUAUUGGAGGCAAAUUUGCGUUCGACGUAAUUUACUUGGCCAGUUGAUGGCAAUAGUACAACUUCAUCCACAGGAUCUAUCCGAAGAUCAGUUGCAAAGUUUGAAGGACGAAAUCAAUCGUUGUUUAGAAAAAUGCGACUGCCAAGUUGUUUCGGUUUAUCUUCAGAAACAGACAACGCGAUCGUCUGCUGGUAAUGCAGGUUCGGUGUAUGAAAUUAUCUCUGGAUCGAAGUAUUUAUAUGAAGAUUUCUUGGGAAUGAAAUUUAGGAUUUCACCGUCGUCAUUCUUUCAAGGUAAUACCCUAGCUGCCGAAGUCUUAUAUAGAAAUAUCCGAGAUUGGUGUCCGACAAAAGCAACUACGGUGGUUUUAGAUAUUUGCUGCGGUACUGGAACGAUUGGAAUUUUGAUGGCAAAAAACGUUAAUAGAGUUAUUGGUAUCGAAAUGGUAGAAGACGCAAUCGAAGACGCAAGAGUGAACGCUGAGUUGAACGAUAUAAAAAACAUUGAAUUCAUUUGUGGUAAAGCAGAGGAUAAAUUGCCUACCUUAGUGGAUAAUUUAUCUGUCAUUAGUGAAGUUAUUGCAAUUGUGGAUCCGCCCCGAGCAGGCUUACAUACGAGGGUAAUCAAAGCACUUCGUCGAUCUUUAUUCAUAAAAAAAUUGAUAUAUGUUUCUUGUAAUCCGGCUAUGGCAGUGACCAAUUUCGUCGAACUUUGUUCUCCUCGGACAAAUCGCCUGCGUGGACAGCCGUUCAAAAUUAUGAAAGCUCUCGCUGUUGACUUAUUUCCGUAUACUGAACAAUGUGAAUUAGUCUUACAAUUUGAAAGAUAA